GCGCUGUGUUGUUGGCUGUAGAGGGUUGAGCAUGGUCAUUGUUCCAAGCGCAAUGCUUGUUGUUGUUGUUGUUGUUGCUGCUGCUGUUGUGGUGGUGGUGUUCGUCGUCCCCUCGCUGGCAUAGAAUCAGAGAACGGGAAAGGAAGGACUUCUUGUAGUUGUCGACGUAAGAGGCUCCCACCUUUUGUUUGAUGGUGGGAAUGGGAAUAGAGUCUGGAAAGUGUGGCGAGGUUUGUUGUCGUUGUUCGUGGCGCAGUUUCUCUUCUGUUUACGUUGUCUUUCACUCUCGGUCCCUGCAGGUCUUUCGUUUUGUUCAGCCGGGGAGAGAAGCUCGGCGAAGAGGGAGGAAUAGAGGUGAAGGAGAGUAGUAUGGAAAGAGCAGGACUACGUAGAUUGCAGAAAACAGAGCGAGGAGUCGCUUCUGAGAAAUGUCCAUUCUGGGAAGAGAGUGGUGAGAAAGGGAGGACGGAUUGAUUUUUAGGAUGGAAGUCGCGCGGGGAGCAGCUCCGAUGAGGCCUGGUGUCUGCUCGUCCUGGUUGCGGUCUGGGGAAGAUGGUGUUAGAAUUGAGAGGAUGUUCUGCUCCCGUGACGUGGCCGCGGGAAUUCGCCGGUAGUUUUCGGGAUGAUGUGGUAGUGGCGCUUGUGCUCUGUUUGUUUCCUCUUCUUGUAGGUCCUUUUCUUUCCUUGGAAGGAGGAGAUUCCUGGGCGGGCAGUAGUGUUGGCCGAUGGGAAGUGUUGUGGUUGGUGACAUUGGUGUGUGAUUUCUCUGCUUGCCCGGCGCCUUUCGCUUGACCUCAAGUUGUUUUUGGUUUACUUUUCCCCGUCUUUGGGGUUUGAAGCAAUAUUCCGUGGAAGCUGUUGUCCGUGCGGCGAGAAGAGAAGUUAUUGGAUGCCAUGGUUGUAUGCUUGUCCUGGUGAUCUUCAACGUGCUUAUUACUACCUUUCUUGUCAGUUAUUCAUUCCCAAAUUUUUAUCCCCGCUGCCUUCAAUUCUGCGACGCAUCCAGCAAGCUUAGAGAAUUUGCAGCGACGUCGGAACUCUUAUUUUGAAGUAUCAGCUGCUGUUGUGGGGGUGUCGUGGUGCCCGGAGAUCAAUCUUAGGGGCCGUUCGGGGCAGGCAAAUCUCUACUGUGGUCCAGGCCUGUGACGCGUCGGGAGUUUAUUUUGGCCCGCUCUGUUAGCGAAGCCGCAGGGUUAAGGGGUUACCGAAGGAGGAACCGAAGCUGAAGCGCAUUCCUCUGCAUCCCUUAUGGAGCGCGGCCGGGAGGGUCGGCGUGGGAGCGGUGGGGGUGGUAUUGUUGCUCGGCGGCCACGCACCGGUUUUAAAGACGUUGCAGGCGGCGACGAUGGCGACGACAUGAUGGACGAUGCACACAAUUCUCGGUUACGAGAGAGGUCGAAGAAAGACGGAAGCGGGGUGACGUCGAGUCACGGAGCGGCGACGAGCAUUGUAGGAGGUAGCAGCAGGAACAAAAGGAAGCGACCGAGUUCGCAAGAGAAGGUGGUGCAUGGUCGGAGCAGCCCGGCGGAGGAGGUGGAAGAGACGACGGAAGAUACAGAGAUGGGUGAUCGGAGGACGACGACGAUCAUCCGUGCAAUGUGA